AAUGGCCUCGGUAUUUUCUGCUCUAAACAGAAUGUUUUCCAGGAUGCUUUCGUCACCAACGGAACUUCCCUUGUACAAUAAUCGUCCUGUCGAAGGGGUCACAAGAGCAGGGCAUGUGAAGGAGGUAGCGGAGAGGCUCAAGGCAUUCUUCCAAAAGGCGACGGUGGGGAGAAACGCGGUUAUACUCCCCUCGCUCCUCGGGAAAAUCUUCAUAUCCCGCUCCAACCACGCCGGCCUGCGAGCGUGGGGCACCACCACCGUCUGGCUCCACGCCGUGCCACUGCUGAUGAACGUGCUGUGUGCGGGGAUGGUGGCCGACCUCCCCGCCGCCGGCACAGCCACCUCCGACGACGACGACGACCACCCGCGGGACAUCUACGUCAACGUGGAGAGGAUGUGCACCGCCGCCUACGUCUCGACGGCCUUGAUGACGCUCGCGGCGUCCGCGUCACUCUUGCUCCUCGACGCGUCGCUCUACUACGUGCUGGUCGUCGUCACCUUGCUGCUCCUGGUCCUUGGGUUUCUCGCCUUUCUCUUCUGGCAACAGAUGAACCUGGACGGGAACGGAUCUUCUGCAGCUGGCGGAGAGCGACGACGGAGCCAUGGAUGCGGCCACAUCAAGGCGGCGAUGUACUUCAGCAGGCAUAACGCCACGCUCACACGGUUGUCGGCGAUGUCCUCGGAUGUCGCGUCGUUCGUGUUCGCGGGGCUGUCUGGUGCUAUCGUAGGCUACGUCAAGGCGUCCGCGAGCACCUGGCCUCCCGCCGGCGCCGGGCACAGGAUGCCCGAGGAGUUGAUGCUCUACAGCGGUGCCCUGGGGCUCGCCACGGCGCUCAUCACCGCGGUGCCGCCAUGGGUGGUGGAGCCGAGGGGCCGAGGGCUAAGAGACCGUUUCGUCAACGUGCACGCGCGCGUGCUCGCCUACGCGGCGCUGCUGUUCCUCGCCCUGGCGUGCGUCCUCGCGGCGCAGGAGAUACUGCACGGGUGGGCCGUCCUCAUCGCCUUCGCCAACCUCGCGUUCGCCGCCGUCUGCUUCCGUGUGGAUUUCCUGGCGGCGGCGGUGUUGCAGGACGACGACGAUGCCAAUGGCGCCGGUGUCGACCAAGAAGGCGGCGGCGGCGUCACCAAUUUCUUCGUGGCGCUAUACCACCCGUCAGCUCUGGGAAUGCUAAUGGCGGCGUACUCAACCUACGCCGGCGGCAAGGAGGCGGCACACCUGAGCUGGCUGUUCAAAUGCUUCGUGUGGCUCUUGGUCGGCAGCAUCGUCACGUACCUGUGUCGGAUGGUGAUUAAGGUGGAGAUGCGAGGGGCGUCGACAUUGGUGCGUAGGAAGGUGGAACUACUGUGGACUCGGAUGAGCGUCAUUCUCGCACUACUCGCCUUGGCUUUUUGCGUAAUAGCCGUGGUGGUUCCCGGGAGCCGGAGCGAGAUUGUAGCUGUUUUCGUUUAAGGGAUUGCGAAUUGGUUAUUUUUGCUACAGUACACCAUAACUUCGUGGUUUUAGCUGUUGGAUAUGGCAAAAAGAGACUUUUGGGUGAAAACACCUCAAAAGUUAGAUAUUUGCAGUGGGCACCGUACCCAUUAAAAUAAUAAUUUCCGAUUGAAGAGGA